UGACAUGUAUUGGCUCUCACUUCCGGACACACCAACAUCGGAGGGAGAUGCUAACAUUAUCGGAGAGGUGGUAGCGGCGGCGGCAGGAGAAAGCGUUUCAGUGACCGGGAGGCUAGCUACCCGUCCACCGGUAAUAGCACCAAACUAACGCAUCUCAUAGGUAGGCUUGGUGGUGUUACGCUUUUAAACAUACUUUCAUUUUGAUCUAUUUUGUUUUCCUCCCCGGAAAAGUUGUCAUUAUUGACUAUGGAACGCUCUUGUAGUGUGAAAAGCAGGGAUAGCAUCACCCACCAAGACCACGCACCUGCUCCUCCCUGUAGCCGGGGACACACCCCUCCACCGUCGCAACGGAGAUCAAGACGCACUAUGGUGGAUGUGACAAAAUGGCCGCUGUUUAGCCUGAUGGAAGGCGAGGAGCUCUCGUCCAUACGACAGGCCUGCGUGUUUGGAAACUCCGCCAACGAGGUCAUCUACAUCACCCACAAUGAUGACGUGUAUGUGUUUGGGCUGAACUGCAGUAACUGCCUGGGAACAGGGGAUAGCCAAAGCACCAUCCUACCUAAGAAGCUGGACUUUCUGAGUGGGAGGAAAGUGGUCAGCCUCAGCUAUGGCAGCGGACCCCACAUCCUCCUGGCCACUGAGGAGGGCGAGCUGUUUGCCUGGGGCCACAAUGGUUACAGUCAGCUGGGGAAUGGGACCACCAACCAGGGGGUCGCUCCUGUGCUGGUGUCUGCCAGCCUGCUCAACAAGAGGGUGACGGAAGUGGCCUGUGGUUCACAUCACUCCCUGGCCCUGACCAACACUGGAGAGGUGUAUGCUUGGGGCUARAAUAACUGUGGCCAGGUGGGGUCAGGGUCCACGGCCAACCAGCCCACCCCCAGGAGAGUGUCCAACUGUCUGCAGAACAAGGUGGUCGUCAGCAUCACAUGUGGUCAAACCUCCUCUCUGGCUGUGGUCGAGAAUGGAGAGGUGUACGGCUGGGGCUAUAACGGAAACGGCCAACUGGGGCUAGGCAACAAUGGGAAUCAGCUGACACCUUGUCGCCUGGUGGGCUUGCAGAGUCUCUGUGUGCUACAGGUGAGUGCACGCACACACACACACACACACACUACCUCCACUAACAUUAACCCCUCUCUUCCCGUCCAGAUAGUGUCUGGCUAUGCCCACUCCUUGGCCCUAACGGACGAGGGGCUGCUGUAUGCCUGGGGGACCAACACCUAUGGCCAGCUGGGCACAGGCAACAAGAGCAACCAACUCAGCCCAGUCCAGAUCAUGGCRGAGAAGGAGAGCAGGAUUGUAGAGAUUGCAGCAUGCCACUCCACACACACCUCAGCAGCUAAGACUCAGAGUGGCCAGGUGUACAUGUGGGGCCAGUGUAGGGGUCAGUCCAUCGUCUUGCCCUUCCUCACACACUUCUCCUGCACUGAUGACGUUUUUGCUUGCUUCGCCACGCCCUCCGUCAUGUGGAGGAUGCUCUCUAUGGAGCAUGAUGACUUCCUGACAGUGUCCCAGUCUUUAAAGAAGGAGUUUGACAGCCCAGAGACGGCCGACCUCAAGUUCAGCGUGGACGGCAAAUACAUCCAUGUGCACAAGGCUGUGCUCAAGAUCAGGUGUGAGCACUUCAGGUCCAUGUUCCAGUCCCAUUGGAAUGAAGACAUGAAGGAGGUGAUAGAGAUCGACCAGUUCACCUACCCCGUCUACCGCUCCUUCCUAGAGUUCCUCUACACAGACAACAUAGACCUGCCCCCAGAGGAUGCUAUUGGUCUGCUGGACCUGGCCACAUCCUACUGUGAGAACCGCCUGAAGCGUCUCUGUCAGCACAUCAUCAAGAGAGGCAUCACCAUAGAGAACGCCUUCUCUCUGCUCGCUGCUGCCGUGCGCUACGACGCAGAGGACCUGGAGGAGUUCUGCUUUAAGUUCUGUGUGAACCAUCUGACGGAGGUGACCCAGACUGCAGCCUUCUGGCAGAUCGAAGGCAACCUUCUCAAAGAGUUCAUCUGCCGAGCCAGCCGCUGUGGAGCCUUCAAGAACUGACCGCUGAACUGGCUCAUCUGUCUCCAUCACAGGGGGCUACGCUAGGCUAACCACGCUCUGGUCUGCCGUCUGAUACGAGCCACCAGGCUGUUCCGUUAGCUGUAGCUCCUGCCAGUGGUUGUCUGUUUACUGCACAUAAGAUGGGUGGCAAAGGAUGUUAAGUAGUUACCCUAAACCCUGUAUAAGGGGUGUUACAGAACUGUUCAGUGGGGUUAUUAGAUAUUUAUAUAAUCUUCCAUCUCCCUCUGUGGGUUGGUAGUUACAUCUUGCAGCUUUGGAGGCCAGAGUUUUUUUGCAAGUAUUUUGUUUCCAUUUUUUCCUUCCAAUCAUACGUGUGGAUUGAGUUCUUCUUGACGAGUGAGGAGCACGUUUGCACUUUCUGAUAUGGUGCAGUGGGUUCUGGGAAAGCCUGUGUGAGAUUGAUUAUUUAACUUGUCACUACUGACAGAUAGUGGUCUUCAGUGUUCCAAUUGAACAGUGGGUCUCAUGUUAUUAGAUCCAGUCUUAGGGAUUGAUUCAAUCAGAUCUGCUUUAGCCAACAUCUGCAUAGUGGUUGUUUUUGGGGUGUCGGAGGUGGAACUGCGUUAGAGCUGUCAAAUCCACAAGUGGUUCCCGGCCUUAUACCUAAAGCGGACAUUGCCAUUGGCUGCACGGAGUCCCAUUAACAGAAACCCCAUGUAGCCUUGCUUACAAGUUUGAACACUGGAAUGUGAGAUGUAAUCUACACGUCGAUUAGGACUAUAGAAAUCCUCAUGAUUUUUCAAUUUGACUGCCCACCUUCUUGUUCUGAACUUCUAACACGACUGGGACAGGUGUGGCUUGGUGACAAUGAUCAAGAGCAGCUGCUCACCYAUCUAAUGGCUCCAACACAGUUCAACCUCCAACACUGCCAAAACAUCCGCUAUGCUGGUGUCUGUUAUUGCCUGGUAACGCUUGAUCUGAUUCAAUCUAGGCCUUAAUCUGUUUGAGCAAUACAAAUGUUCCACUUGUGAAAUCACAUCAUUCCUAAAAAGAGUAACAAAAAAACCUGUGCAUAGGGUCAAUGUAAACUCCAUGACAGAGUUCUUGGAGAACAUUGUCUGUGAAGCACAUUGGGUUGGCUGGGUUUUUGAAUGCAAUAUUUUCAGCCUAUGUUGAAAGAUGUUACAGAUGACMUCAGACAUUUACGGUAUUGUUACUUUUCAGUAAUGUUUGCACUAUAUCUCAGCUGUACAGAACUAUUAUACAGAAAUGAUAAUCACCUAUUUUUAUGAUCAUUAAAGACAACUUGUAGAUAUUUAGUGACACACACUGUGUGAGAGAAAGCUGGGUGAAGGCUGCUUUGUUGUGAGGAGCUGCUGAGAUUCCAGUUGAGUUUUUKUAAUGAUUCCAACUGAGUAAUUCAUUUCUAUGACUAUGCCAAUUCUGUGGAGCGGAGUGCCAGUUAACUUUCCUCAAUAUGACCAAUGGAGUUGUCCUUAUUGGAUCCUGUUCUGAGGGCAGCACACAGUUGAUCUGUUGGAUAGAAGCUCUGUGGGCAGAGCCUAAAGUGACAGAUCAGUGGGUGGAGUCAAAGAAAAGGGUGGUAGGCUGGAGGUGGGUGUAAGACUGGUUGCAAAACAAGGGCUCGAUUCAAUCCCACCGCCGAAGUUCAGCACUAUAGCGGUAGUUUGACUGAGCCGACAUAUGCAGCGUUUAACGUCUAUGCAGUCUCCGCUACCACGGAAACAUUGUGAUGCAUUGUGCAUUUUUUACAUGGUUGACAUAAUAUAAGACAAGUACUGGAAACAGAAACCUGAAAAAUAUGGCCUGGUAUUCAUAACUUUGAAUAAGCUUUUGAUAAAGUUGACUGGAGUUUAUAAAUAAAUUCCUGAAAUA